CUCCCGGGUUCCCGGUUGAAGCAUGUGUUGUUCAUGCAGCAGCCUUCUAGUGUUAGCCUCUAUGGGAGGAAACAGGGGGGCGGGCCUCUGUAAAGCUUCUCUUUAGCGGGUCUGAAGCAGCGGUGCAGCUCAAACACGGUCAGAAGCGGCAGCGCUGUGUGUAGGAUCAUUACAACUACAAACGAAACGCAAUGUUUUCUCUCUGAACACCUUGGAAGUUGCAGGCGGAGGCUCAACCAAGAGGCUGAGUGCUGCUCCACCUGGGACCCCACCUCCAGCCAUGACCUCAGGAAAUGAGAGCGAAGCACCCACCGUGACCGGCAGCACGCCGCAGAACGGAGAGAACAAACCGCCACAGGCCAUCGUCAAGCCACAGGUUCUCACACAUGUCAUCGAAGGCUUUGUCAUCCAGGAGGGGGCCGAGCCGUUCCCCGUGUGUGUGGAGCGUCUGCCCAUUCUCAUCGACAGCCCGAAGAAAAUGGAUCAUCAGCUCUCCUCGGACCCCGACAAGACCCCCGUCAGCAACACAGCAAACAGCGACUCAGAGACCGAGGACAUGAACACAUCAGAAAAAGAACAAGAACCCAAGUUGACAUGUGAAUACUGCGGCUGGGUCGACUUUGCCUACACAUUUAAAGGUUCUAAAAGAUUCUGCUCAGUGGUUUGUGCAAAGAGGUACAACGUGGGCUGCACGAAACGGAUAGGCCUUUUCCGUCCAGAGAGGAGUAAACCUACCAAUCGCUGGCGUAGAAGAUCUCAGGGCCGCAGCAGUAUAGAGGCGAAGAAGCAG